GACUGGAUGACUACUCGCGUAGCUCUCGCUAUGAGCCUGACGGGGGUAGAAGCGACUCUCGAGGCCGAUGGGAGUCGGAUCAGGGCCGGCGGGAUGGAUACAGGGAUGGUAGAUAUGAGAUAUUGGACCGCGAUGGACGUAGAAAUGACAGAUAUGAAUGGUCGGAUCGAGACGGAUACAGGGAUGGUAGAUAUGAGAGAUCGGACCACGAUGGGCAUAGAGACGACAGAUAUGAGAGGUCGGAUCGAGACGGAUACAGAGGCGGCAGAUAUGAGAGAGGGGAUCGAGCCGAUGAUUCACGCGGGCGGAGAUAUGGUGACCACACCCAUGAGGGUGGCAGCUACCAAGUCCGCAAGAGGGUCUACAUCAAAGAAGACCGACACGGAUUACGUGAUGGCGGAGAAGGACGGCGGACAAUGGAUCGAUGGAGGGGAGGUUAUUGUUUCGCCGCGAAAGCAGGGAGUAAGGAAGUUCUUGAUGAAGAGUUCGCUGGAUGAGAUUCACACGGUCGAGCCACUGAGACGGGCCCUUCGGCAGCCCAUGCAGUGCUCUAUUCUGGAGUACUUGGCGGCAUCAAAGUCGGCUCGCGAUGAGUUACAGAUGAUCACGCGGAACACUCGCAUACCUCUAUCAGAGGAGGCUCAGGGGGCCCCUAAGGCGGAAACUCCUACCGUAGCAGUAACGGGGGUGACUGCUAGAGCAGAUCGCAUGGCGGCAGUCCUUCUUGAUGGGAUAGAAGGUGUGCCUCCAGACAAGUUUUACAUACAUGGUAGUGGGGCCGUGGAGACGAUCAUAAACGAUGGAGCGGUACUAGAUGCUGUGAUCGAUAACGGCAAUCCGACGAAGCUAGACAAACUCCUGAACUGGCCGUCACCGUUACAUAGUCCAACUGAGGUCCGACAGUUUCUGGGAGUGGUCGGUUACUGGCGUAUAUUCAUACGGGGGUAUGCGGAGAAGGCUGAGCCGUUGAGGUUACUCCUUCGAAAGUUUGAAAAAUUCUACUGGGAUUCCUUGCAGGAACUCGCUAUGCAAGAGCUUAAGGACGAAUUUAAGGAGGGAGGACAUGUACUGGGCGUGCCAUUCUUUGACGAUGAGACCGAGAGACCCUUCAUAGUAUCCACGGAUGCUGGACCUUGUUCAGUUGGAGGGCUGCUGUCUCAGAAAGACGCUGAAAGAAAGGAAAGGCCGUUAAGGUUUGAGAGUAUGACACUUAAUACGGCAGAACGAAACUACAAUCAGUUCAAGAAGGAAGUGUUGGCCGUUCGACAGUGCCUGGACACGUUCAGACACUAUAUCUAUGGGCGUCGGUUCAUCUUGAGAGUAGAUCCCACAGCGGUUGCCUCUGUCCUCCAGAAGGAUUUCAGCCUGACGGACCGGACCAUUGCCCAAUGGCUGAUACGGAUUCGGCUAUACGAUUACACAGUGGAAAGGAUAUCUGGCACUAAAAAUGUCGUGGCAGAUGGGCUUUCGCGCAUCCCUCUUGAAGCCGAGCGCCCGAUAGUAGCUAGGGCCCUGACAUUGGCAGAGCCGAGACAUGCCGGACGAUUUCUCGUUAACCUUUACGAGGGCAAGUACCGAACGAUCGGGUUACACCUGUCAGGAGAGGAGAGUCAAGAAUCAGAUAUCCAGAGACAAGCGGCGCAGUACUGCCUCAGAGCCGGCCAUCUAUUUCGAAGGUCGGUCGGCUCAGGGAUGCCCUUACGAGUAGUUUGUGACCCUGAGGAGAGACAGACGAUAGUUGCGGAGCUUCACGACGGGGUUGUCGGAGGACACAGGGGAGUCAAAGGAACCUACGAAAAGGUACGCAGGUUAUACUCGUGGGAAGGACAGUAUAAGGAUGUCGAGAAGUACUGUUUGACCUGCGAGGAAUGCCAGAAGAGAGAUCUUGUGAAAUACAGAGAGCCUCUCCACCCAUCCUAUCCUGCAAGGCCAGGAGAGAAGGUACACAUUGAUCUGGUGAAGAUGCCGAAAGGAGUAGGCAAUAUGAACUAUGUCGUGAACAUACGUGAUGAUUUCACUAGAUUCGUGGACGGUAGACCUAUCAGGAGUAAGACGGCAAAGGAAGUGAAGAACUUCGUCCUGGAGUACUUAUCUAGGUAUGGCUGUGUCAGCAAGAUAGUGAUGGACAGAGGGGCGGAGUUUCUAGCUGACGAGGUUCAGAGUGUGUUCAAGAGAGUUUGGCCUAGAGUUUCAAUAGCCACCGCCUAUCACCCACAUUCGAACUCCUCAGUAGAGAGGGGCCACCAGACUCUGAUAGCGUCCCUGUCCAAGUGGUGCAAGGGUAAGGAUAGUGAUUGGCCACGAUAUUUUCGAUACGCAAUAUGGGUGGACAACGUCACGGUCCGGGCUAGUACCGGAUACCCACCGUAGACCUUGUGGUUUGGGCGACAUUGUCUGCUCCCCAUAGAGUUUCACGUCGACAGCUGGACAAC